UCAUUGCACAAAUUGUAAACAACAAUACAUCUUCUUUGAUUUUCUUGCUUUUCUUUGCUUUUCCGGGAAGUUUUUCUUCAUAAAAUUGAGCUGGGAAGUACCCUGAGAUGUCUGUGUGUGUUUACAGAGCCGGCGGACUGUAAUCUUCUAGUAAUAGUUCUGGAUACAAAUCCUUCUCAGAGGAUCAUCCGGACAAAUACUCACCACAUGACGCAAUGUCUGGAUUCUAUAAUAGCCUUUGGGAAUGCCCAUCUGAUGCAAAGAGCUCAGAAUAAGCUUGCUGUAUUGGCUUGUCAUCACCAUGCUACGGAAUUUAUCUAUCCUUCACCUGGGAAGCCCUUAGAAGUGCGCCAAAUUGAUGGCCAGUAUGAACUAUUUACGCUGGUUGAGAAAACAGUGAAGAGCAAGCUCACGGAUUUGAUCACGAAUUCUCCACGGAUGCACGGUCACACUGAGUCCCUGCUGGCCGGAACGAUGACCAUGGCGCUGUGCUACAUCGCGCGUAUGAACAGGAACAAGGCUCCAGGCACGAGGAUUUGCUCUAGGAUUCUCGUUGUCACCGGAAGCAACGAGUGCGCCUCUCAGUACAUGACUUACAUGAAUGUCUUCUUCACGGCACAGAAGCAGAGCGUUGUCAUCGAUGUCUGCGCCCUGGACAAGCCUCUGAGUCUCCUGCAGCAGGGCUGCGAUAUCACUGGAGGCCAAUAUCUCAAGUUGCCUCAGCUCGAGGGACUUCUGCAGUACUUGUUGUGGGUCUUCUUGCCAGAUCCACACACCAGGACUAAACUUGUCCUGCCACCACCGGUGAAGGUGGAUUACAGGGCGGCAUGCUUCUGCCAUCGCGAGCUGAUAGACAUCGGUUACGUCUGCUCGGUUUGUCUCUCAAUCUUCUGCAAGUUCAGCCCCAUUUGCACUACAUGCCACACGGUUUUCAAGACUCCUGCGCCCAUUGCUGUGAAGCCAAAGAAAAAGAAGAUCAGAACGUAGAAAUUCGAUUGUGUUUAGGAGUGAUUUGUUAAUAAAA